GUUUCAGGUAAAAUUUGUGUCUAGAUCGUUAUCUCUUUUCGUUUUCUUUGAUUUCUCGGCACCCAAAUUGUGGACAGAGUGUGAUUAAUUCUGUAGACGCAGGAGGAGAAGCGUGUCUUUUUAUUGGUAUACCGUGAUUAGAGAGACGGAGAGCUGGCGAUAGAAAAAGAGAAAAAAGUUUUCAAAGUGGGUGGAGCGUCUUAUAUAAAUACAGACAGUUGGUUUUAUUGAACGGCUCUUCCAUUUUUUUUUUCGUUUUCUGCUUCUACAAACACAAUGAGCCUAGGGUUUGUGCUCGCCGUAACUUUUUCAAUAUUUCUUGGAAUACUUACAUACUACCUCUGGAUAUGGACAUAUUGGAUGAGAAAAGGAGUUAAAGGACCACGUGGUCGACCAUUUGUAGGAGUUUUGGAUGUGCUCUUGGAGCAUGAAACACCUGGAUUAAUCAAAUUAGGAGAGUGGACAAAGAAAUAUGGCAAAGUGUAUGGAUACACAGAUGGCACUCAGCGAACAUUAGUAGUUGCUGACCCUGCAAUGGUCCAUGAAAUAUUUGUGAAACAAUUUGAUAAUUUCUACGGCAGGAAGUUGAAUCCAAUUCAAGGAAAUCCGGAAAAAGAACAACGAGUUCACUUGUUGGCUGCUCAAGGAUACAGAUGGAAGAGGUUGAGGACUAUUUCAUCACAAAGUUUUUCGAAUGCAAGUUUGAAGAAAAUGAAGAGAACUGUAGAGGAUAGUGCUCUAGAGUUGUUGAGACAUAUUGAAAAGCAGACAGCUGGAGGAGAACAAAUUGAUAUGUUAAGAUUCUACCAAGAAUACACCAUGGACGUCAUUGGUAGAUUUGCGAUGGGUCAGACGGAUUCUAUGAUGUUCAAGAACCCAAUUGUCAAUGUUGUCAGAGAAAUUUUUUGUGGCAGUCGAAAAAACUUGAUGUUAAUCUGCCAAGUCUUCCCACCAAUUGGUCAAUUCAUUCGUGACCUAACAUUCAAAUUCCCCAGAAUUCCCGCUUUCAAACUCUACAGUAUCAUGCAAGAUGUAGUAGCUGCUCGAAUUGCUCAAAGAGAACGAGAGAAGGGGGCGGAGUCUGGAGAGCCUCAAGAUUUUAUCGAUUUAUUCCUGGAUGCCAGAUCAGAUGAUGUAGAUUUCAGUGCGGAAGCGAGAGAAGAUUUUUCAAAAAGGAACUUGAAAAUUACAAAGGAAUUGAGUGCCGAUGAAGUAGUGGGACAAUGUUUUCUAUUUUUAAUUGGUGGAUUUGAUACAACUGCAUUAUCACUAUCAUAUGUUACUUACCUAUUAGCUGUUAAUCCAAAAAUUCAAGAAAAAGUAAUUGAAGAAAUUGCUCGUGAAUUCGGAACUUCAGAAGUAGAAUUUGAGAAGCUUGGGAGGCUGAAAUAUAUGGAUUGUGUGAUCAAGGAAGCUCUCCGUCUGUAUCCAUUAGCUUCUAUUUCAAAUUCCCGAAAGUGUAUGAAAACAACAACUGUGAAUGGUGUAAAGAUUGAAGCUGGUGUAUACGUUCAAAUGGACACUUGGUCUCUUCAUUAUGAUCCAGAAUUAUGGGGAGAAGAUGUCAAAGAAUUCAAGCCAGAACGAUGGUCCACCGACGAGCCAUUAGAGCACAAAGGAGCAUAUCUUCCAUUUGGACUUGGACCACGUCAGUGUAUUGGAAUGAGGCUGGCUAUUAUGGAGCAGAAGAUUCUACUGACUCAUUUAUUAAAAAAUUAUACAUUUGAGACAGGAAAUAAGACUAGAAUUCCUUUGAAACUGGUGGGAAGUGCUACUACAUCGCCUGAAGAUGUUUUCGUGCACUUGAGACCGAGAAUUUGGUAAAUUUCAGUAUUAUUGUCUAUUUACUUUAAUUUUGGAACCCGUUCUAUCAAUUUCUCAGAUAUUACAAGAUCAGACUAAUUGUAAAAAUAUUUUAGUUAAAUUUUUUAUUUCUAUUUUGUAAAAUAUUUUCUUUGAUUUUUAAAACUUGGGUGUUUGAUGGUAACUUUUCAUUUCAUUUUUUCAUUGUUAUUCGUUUUUUUUUGUUCAAUGAUUGUUUCCUUGUUCACACAUUUUUCACCGGUUGACUCCAUCCACUUUUUAUGUGUUUGUUUUUUCCCCGAUCUGCACCAAUUUAUUAUAGGCCUACCUCGCUUUGUUUUCAUUUGAUUUGAUGAUAGAAAAUAAUGAAAAACAUGGUUGUAAAAAAUUAUUUUUUGAAGUUAAUUUUGGUUCUAUUUUUAACGUUGAUAAAUGUUAAAAUUAUAUAUGAAAGU